GUUUGGCAGUUCAGUCGAGACACACGAGUGAGGAGGAAGUGUGUCUCUCGCGUCUCCUUUAUAGUUGUAGAUUAGUAGUGUUAAACAAAAGCACCGUUGAUUGAUCGGAUAUAUUUAUAUACGUACUGUCUGCGUUGUGGAAUCGCGUCGUGUGAUUUAAUCGCUGCUGAGGUGUGUGUGAUUAUAUAUAUAUCGUGGAUAUCAGUGUUUGUAUAUUGCGAAGGAACAGAGAAGAGAGAGAGAAAAAAAUAAAAACUGCUACACAACUGGAAAGGAUGGUUUGGUGGUGUGGUUGAUGAGAGAUGUCGUCUCUGUCCGCACGUGAGGACGCCCUCCGCCAGUUCGAGACUGGACGGAUCCAACAUCUGCGGGAGGAGCGUCUAGGCAUUCAGAAGAAAACCUUCACAAAAUGGAUGAACUCAUUCCUUAUCAAGGCGCGUCUGGAGGUGGUGGACUUGUUCACCGACCUGGCCGACGGCAAGAUGCUGCUGAAAUUGCUCGAGAUCAUCUCGGGCGAGAAGCUGGGCAAACCAAACAACGGGAAGAUGAGGGUGCACAAGAUUGAAAAUGUCAACAAGUCCCUCGCUUUCCUGCACACUAAGGUGCGCCUGGAGAGUAUUGGAGCCGAAGACAUCGUGGACGGAAACCCCCGUCUGAUCCUCGGUCUCAUCUGGACUAUCAUCCUCAGGUUCCAGAUCCAGGAGAUCGAAAUUGACGUGGACGAAGAGAACGAAAGCAGUGAAAAGAAAUCAGCCAAAGAUGCCCUGCUGCUGUGGUGUCAGAGAAAGACGGCAGGAUACAGAGGAGUCUGCAUCGAGGACUUUUCAAGAUCUUGGAGGGAUGGCAUGGGCUUCAACGCUCUUAUUCAUGCCCACCGACCAGACAUCAUUGACUACAACAGCCUUAUUCAGAAGAAUCACAUUGAUAACCUCAACAAUGCAUUUGACGUGGCUCACAACGAGCUUGGAAUUGCCAAGAUUCUGGAUGCAGAAGAUGUGGACACCAACAAACCUGACGAAAAGUCCAUUAUCACAUACGUGGCCUCAUACUACCACACCUUUGCUCGUAUGAAGAAUGAACUGAAGGGAUCCAAGAGAAUUGCUAAUAUUAUGAAUCAGAUGAAGGAUGUGGAUGACAGCAAGUUCAAAUAUGAAAAGAUUACAUCAACAUUGCUGGAAUGGAUUAUUAUGAAAAUCAUUGAACUAGACAGCAGAGAUUUCCCAAACUCCUUAGAUGGAAUACAGAAGUUGUUGAUACACUUCAAGAAAUACAGAACAGAGGAAAAGCCUCCAAAAUAUAAAGAAAGAAGUGAGAUAGAGGCCAUGUUCUUCUCAAUCAAUGCAAGUCUGAAAGCUCUGAAUCAGCCACAGUAUGUUCCGAAAGAGGGGCAGAUGUUACACGACAUCGAGCGAGAGUGGAACAAGUUGGAAAAAGCCGAACAUCGACGUGAAGUAGCACUAAGGGAGGAACUUCUACGACAAGAGAGACUGGAACAACUGGCAUAUAAGUUUGACAAGAAGAGCGUGCUUCGUAAAGGAUACUUAGAGGAGAUGAUUCAAGUGCUCAGUGAUCCUCGGUAUGGCAGUGUUCUCUCUCAGGUUGAGGCAACAGUAAAAAAACAUGAAGCCAUCAGCGCAGAUAUACUGGCCCGGCAAGAAAGAUUUGAAGACCUAACGAAGAUGGCAGAUGAACUAGAUGCAGAGAAUUAUCAUGGAAAAGAUGCCAUUCGAAAGAAAGAGAAAGAUAUUUUGAAGAAAUGGAGUGACCUACUUGACCUUCUGAACAAGCACAAAGUCCACCUCCAAAACUGUUGUGUCCUCAUGGGCAUCAUGAGAGAGGUGGAUGCAAUCACAGUAUCUAUCAAGGAAUUGCAUGUCAACUUUUGCUCAGAUGAUGUUGGCCGCCAUUUACUGGCAGUUGAAGAUCUGUUGCAGAAGCAUGCUUUGAUGGAGUCACAAGUUCACUCAAUGGGUGAAACCAUUAAACGUCUCAAUAAGCAAGGUGAAGCUUUCAUUAGCUCGGGGCACAAAGAUGCUCCAGUGCUGCAGAAACGACUGGAAGAACUUAACAAAGGACACCAAGCCCUUCUGAAGAAAGCUGCCGAAAGACGUAAUAAGUUGGAGGAGGCAAGAGAUCUCUUCCAGUUCGAAGUAGACAUGGAGGAAGAAGAAGCCUGGGUCAUAGAAAAGCAGAGAAUUUGUCAGGCAGGAGUUACUGCAAAGGAUAUAAGAGCAGUCUUGUCUUUACAGCAGAAGCACAAGUUGGACGUAAACCUGAAGGCACUCGAGGAUGAGAUGAGAGCGAGACGUCCUAAAUCGGAGAAGAUUAUGCGAUCAGGGGAAGUGUUAAUGAAAAGCAACCACCCAGAAUCGAAAGCCAUCAGUGAGCGUAUUGCAGCCCUGAAACAGAAGUGGAAGUCCUUAGAUCAGUAUGCCAGUGACAGACGAAAGCAGCUGGAGGAAGCAGCUGAAGCAUGUUCCUUUAAUGCUGAUGCCAAUGAAGUUGAAUCGUGGAUAAAGGAGAAGUUGCCCCUGUGUCAGUCUAAAGAUUACGGUGAAGAUGAACCAAGUGGCCAUGCCCUGCUGCAGCUUCAUAAUCGACUAGAGGAAGAGAUUAAAGCUUAUGAUGGAGACAUCAAAGCUGUUAAUACUCAGGGGCAGAAGCUGAUCAAGUCAGGAAUAAUUAAUCUCAACAUAUCUCAGCAACAGCAGAAUGUUGGUGACGAGGAAGAAGAAUUUGAGUGGGUGGACGAAACGAGGAUGGAACCGCAGGAGGUUAUGGUUGAAGAAGUUGCUGAACGAGUUGAAGAAGUACUUGUAACUGAACAGAAGGAAGUACCUACAGUUGUUGCAAGGUACCCAUUUCAAGGACAAGGAAUGCACAUGGCAAAAGGAGAGGUUAUGUUCUUACUUACCAAGACAAAUGACGAUUGGUGGAAUGUAAGAAAGGCAAAUGGCGACGAGGGAUUUGUUCCUGCCAAUUAUAUCCGUGAGGGUCAGCCAAAGAAGAUUAAUGUACGUACGAAAAAGGAAGUAAAGGUCCCUGAGAAGAAGUUGGUACCAAAGACAAAAAUGGUCAAGACUACUAUCAAAGUUAAGAAAAGGAAGCCUAAAGCACCACCUCGAAACAAACGAGGAUUUGAUGAACCAGAGACAGUUGAGAAGCGUCUUCAAGCCAUCAACUCAAGCUAUGGCCAGUUGUGUGAUCUUGCACAAAAACGCCAUCUGUACUUGGAAGAAUCCAUUAAGCUAUACUCUUUCUAUAGCGAGUGCCAUGGUUUUGAGAUCUGGAUGAGAGAAAAGGAAAAACUUCUUAAAACUGAUGACAAAGAUUCUGAUGUUGAAACUGCCAAACAGAAGUUUGAAAAGUUCCUUACCGACUUGUCUGCUGCAGGCAAACGAAUAGAGAUCAUCGAUAAGAUGGUCCAAGAUUUUAUUACUACUGGACACAGCCAGUUAGAAAAGAUCAAGCAGCGUCAGAAACAGAUUCAUGAUCAAUGGGCCCAUUUGAACAGGCUUAAACAGCAAAAAGAACGAAGUCUAGAAGGGGCCUCUAGUGUGGAGCUUUUCCAUCGUACUUGCGAUGAGGCUAGGGACUGGAUGGUGGAGAAGAUGGAGAAAUUGGAUACUGAUGAAUUGGGCCGAGACUUGAAAACUGUUCAGUCUCUGCAACGUCGACAUGACCAGUUAGAGAGAGAACUGGCACCUGUUGAAGAAAAGGUGCGCCGAGUAAACAUGUUAGCUGAGUCUGUAAAGGCCUCAUAUCCAAGAGAAAAACGAGCAGUCGAGGCAAGGCAAGAAGAAGUUCAGGAGUACUGGGGCCAACUGAAAGGCAAAGCGUUGGGCAGAAGAAAUCGAUUAGAGGAAGCUGUUGGUCAGCAGAUCUUCCUGAAUUCUGCAAAGAGUUUGUUGAAUUGGGUUGGAGAUGUUAAGAAUGCUCUGAAUUCGGACGAACCAGCACGUGAUGUCACAACAGCCGAGCACUUGCUUAAGAGGCACCAAGAUUUGGGUGAUGAUAUUCGAGCCCACCAGGAUGAGUUCAAUGAACUUAACCAGUUGGGAGAAAAACUUGUCAAGAGAAAUCCAGAUUUCGACGAAGUUCAGGAGAAGAUGGCAUUGCUUGGUGAAGAGCAGCGUGCCAUACACAGAGGAUGGCAAGAAAAGGGUGACUGGUUAAGACAGUGUAUGGACCUGCAGCUCUUCAACAGGGAAGCUGACCAGAUUGAUGCUGCAACAAGUUCUCAUGAGACAUUCUUAGAUUUCAAAGAUCUUGGGAGCACUUUGGAUGAUGUUGAGGCUCUCCUGAAACGCCACGAUGACUUCGAGAAUACCCUCAUGGCACAAGAUGAAAGACUUCGAGCAUUUAGUGAAAUGGCUGAUAAGUUGAUAUUAGCAGAACACUAUGAUGCCAAGUAUAUUAACGAACGCAGAGACCAGGUACGAGAUCGCCGAGCAGAAGUGAAGAAGCUUGCCCAGGCAAGAAGAGAAAUGCUAAAUGGUUCUGUAGCUUAUCAGCAAUUCAAGGCAGAUGCCGAUGACUUUGACAAAUGGAUGGCAGACAAAAAGAAAAUGGCAGAUGAUGAAUCUUACAGAGACUUGACCAAUUUGGAAAGGAAGCUCCAGAAACAUGAAGCUUUUGAAAGAGAACUCAACGCUAAUGAAGGUCAGUUGCGACGUUUGAAUAAGACUGGACAAGAUUUGAUUAGCAUCAAGCAUUAUCAGUCUGAUGAUAUUCGUGGUACUCUUGAUGAAUUGAAUAAUAAAUGGAAAGAUCUUUGUGCCAAAACUGAGGAGAAAGGAAUGAAGCUGCGGCAAGCUAACAACCAGCAUCUGUACAACAAGACGUUAGAAGAAACAGGAAAGAAUCUUGAUGCCUUGGAAACAGCUUUGAAUAACAAAGAUGUUGGGUCAGAUCUUCGAUCUUGCAAGGAUUUGAUGAACAAACAGCAGAACAUUGAAACAGACAUGAAUAAUAUGGACAGGAAGCUUACUGAAAUGAGAGCAGCUGGAGAUCAGAUGAUACAGGAGGGUCACUUUGAUUCUGAGAACAUUAGGAAGUCGUGUAAUAAGGCUAGAUCCAGAUUUGAUAAACUAAAGGCUCCUGCAGCACGUCGUCGUGCAGCAUUAGAGGAAUCUUUGAGGUGGCAUGAAUUCAACUUCGAACUGGAUGCAGAGAUGCAGUGGAUCAAUGAACACAUGCCACUAGCAACUUCUACAGUAUUGGGACAGAAUUUGCAUGAGGCACAGAAUCUUAAUAAGAAGCAUGUAAAGUUAACAGCAGAGAUCCAGGGUCAUCAGCCACAAAUCAAUAAGACGCUUAGUAGAGGCAACAAACUGAAAGAAGAUAAUCACCCAGAGAAGGCUAUGAUUGAAAAACGUUGUGGUGAGCUGCAAGAAGCCUGGGAUGAUUUGUUGGCGGAGGCUAAUGAACGACAAAGGAAACUUGAGCUCAAUCUCAAAGCUCAGCAGUACUUCUUUGAAGUCAAUGAGAUUGAAUCGUGGAUGAACGAGAAAAGAAAUAUUUUACAAACCAAGGACUAUGGCAAGGACGAAGAUGUUGCAAGGAAGCUGCUGGCCAAACAUAAGGCACUGGAACUUGAAAUUGACACUUACAGUGGUAUAGUAAAAGAAAUGGGAACCAUGGCUGAUUCAAUGGUAAAGUCCAGUCAUCCCGAGUCCAAGCUAAUCAAAGACAGACAGCAGAUGAUGAACCAGGAUUUGAAAGACCUCCAGAAACUGUCAGCCCAUCUUCGUCAGAAGUUGAUGGAAUCCAUGUAUCGCCACGAAUACUUCCGUGAAGCUGAAGACCUUGAAAAAUGGAUAGCAGAGCAGUUGCAGACAGCAACAUCAGAAGACUUUGGCCAAGACUAUGAGCACUUGUUGUUACUCCAAGCCAAGUUUGAUGACUUCAAGCAUCGUGUCGAAGCAGGAUCUGAGCGCUUUAAUCAGUGCGAUGAACUAGCUAAGAAGCUUAUUGCCAAUGAGAGUCCGUACGCUGCAGAUAUAGAAAGGAAACAAGAGCAACUGAGUAAGGGAAGUCCGGCUUCUUCUCCCACUAAAAGUAAUGAUCCAGCCAUCCAGGUUACAUCCUAUCACAAGAAAGUACGGGCAGCAUGGAACAGCCUUUUGGAGCAUAUUGAAGCAAGGGACCAGAAGUUAGAAGCAGCAGGUGAAAUUCAUAGGUUUAAUCGAGACGUAGCAGAGUCGUUAGCACGAAUCCAAGAAAAAUACAAAUCUGUUCCUGAUGAUCUUGGUCGGGACGUUAACUCUGUUCAGUCUCUCUUAAGGAAGCAUGAGGGCUUUGAAAAUGACUUGGUUGCUCUUGAGGCUCAGUUACAGGUACUGGUGGAUGAUUCAGCUAGACUGCAAGCUGCUUAUCCAGGCAGCAAUGCUGAACACAUUGCUGAGCAGCAGGCAUUGGUUGUUGAGAACUGGAACACAUUGCAGGAAAGAGCAUCUCGCAGAAAGGAGGAACUUCAUGCUGCAGCAGAUCUUCACAGAUUCUUAGCUGAUUCCCGUAACCUCAUCAAUUGGUCCAGCGAUUUAAGGGCCUCAAUGAAAACUCAGGAAAAGGUUAGAGAUGCAGCUAGUGCUCAGGGGCUGAAGACAGAGCAUGAAAGAAUCAAGGCUGAGAUUGAGGCCAGAGAGGAUGUAUUUAGCAAAGUUGUUGAAGCUGGUCGUAUUAUGAUUGAAGAGCAGCAUUACGCCAGUACAGAAGUAGAAGAAAGAGUCAACAAGGUUCUGGAGGAACGAAACCAGUUGCAUGCUGCCUGGCAGCAGAAGAAAGUUUAUCUUGACCAGCUUAUAGACUUACAAUUCUUCCUGAGAGAUGCCAAGCAGCUUGACACCAUAAGUAGCUCUCAGGAGGCUGCCCUUUCUACUGCUGAUUUUGGAACAACUAUUGAGCAAGUUGAUGCUCAGGUGAAGAAACAUGAUGCCUUUGAGAAGUUGGUGUAUGCUCAAGACGAGAAACUUGAUAUCCUCAAGAAUCAUGGGUCCAAACUCAUUGAACAGAACCACUUUGAUUCCCCCCACAUCAAGAAGAGAGUUGAUGAAGUUGUUAAGAGAAGAGCCAGGGUUAAAGAUGCAACAAAAGCUCGUAAACUUCAGCUUGAAGAUGCUCUAUUACACGCUCAGUUUAUCAGAGACGUGAAUGAUGCCAGCAUGUGGAUUGAUGAGAAAGCAAAUCACCUAGAAGCAGAGCGUCUUAAAGGAGAAGUUACAAGCUUUGAAGACAAGGUCAAGAAGCUCCAGAAACAUCAGGCAUUCAUGGCAGAAUUACAAGCUCAUGAAUCCAGAAUUAAAGAAAUUACCGAGAAAGGUGCAAUUUUAGUUAACAAGAAACACAAGUCAUCUGCCAGUAUCAAGGAUGAAGUAGAUCAGCUAGUUGAGAGAUGGACUCAGUUAGUCUUAGAUGCUGAAAACCAUUCUAGAGGUUUAGAGGAGGCUCAAGAUAUCCUUGAAUUUAAUACCCAAGUGGAGAAGGUGGAUGCUUGGAUCAGAGAUAAGGAAAUGAUGGUCCAAGUAGGAGAUUUGGGGAGGGAUUAUGAGCACUGCAUGGCUCUGCAUCGUAAGCUAGAUGAUGUUGACUCCGACAUGCGUGUUGAUGAUGCACGUUUUACCACAAUCAACAGACUUGCAGAUAAGAUUAUUAAGCAGGGCUGUGGUGACAAUAAGGCUCUCCAACAGCGAAGAAAUGAAUUGAACCACAAGUGGCAAGCCUUGAAAGGAGCUAUUGAUCGUUAUAGAUCAGAUUUAGCAGGAGCCUUGGAGAUACACGCUUUCAACCGUGAUGUCGAUGACACUAAAGAUCGCAUAAGUGAGAAGGCUGUCAUAUUAGCCAAUGAAGACACUGGUAAAGAUCUUCCCCAGGUUGAAACCUUGCAACGUAAACAGGAGACAAUAAUAAGAGACAUGUCUGCAAUUGAAAAGAAAAUUAAAGAACAUGAGAAAGAUGCUCAUAGCUUGUCCAGAAAGUACCCAGAUAUGAAGGAACCCAUUCAGAAGAAGCAAGCCGAGGUUCUAGACGCUUGGACAAAGCUGUGUGAAGGGUCUUUCAGUCGAAAAGAAAAGUUGUCAUUUUCUUAUACACUUCACAAAUUCCAAGCUGAUUUACGAGAGCUGGAAAAAUGGGGAGAGGAUAUUAUCAACCGUAUGAAUGCCUCUCCAUUACCAAGCAAUACUGCAGAGGCUGAGAUGCUACUGCAGAGUCAUCAGGAGAAGAAGGGAGAAAUUGAUGGCAGAAGUGAAACAUUUAAGGCAUUGAAAGAGUUUGGAAGGAGGCUAAUAGCAGAUGACCAUUUUGCAAAAGAAAGCAUACAGCAGAAUUUGGAUACAUUGGCGGAAGUUGAAGACAAGGUUAAUACUUGUUGGUCAGAGAGACAGAAAGUCUUAUCCGAAGCUCAUCAGCUGCAGAUCUUCUUGGAGAUGACAGAGCAAGCCAAUUCCUGGCUGGCUAGCAAAGAAGCCUUCUUGAACAAUGAUGACUUAGGGGAUUCCAUGGCAUCUGUCGAGGCCCUGAUUAAAAAACAUGAAAACUUUGAGAAGACUUUUGAAGCUCAAGGUAAUAAGAUAGAACAGUUAGAGAUCUUUGCCAAGGACUUACUCAAGAAAGACCAUUACGACAGUGACGGAAUCCGCCAGCGCCUGAGAGUAGUUACAAGGAAGCGAGAUAGUCUAAAGGAAACAGCCAAACUAAGAAGCCAAAAGUUGGCCGAGUCCAAAUCCUUGCAGCAGUUCCUCCGAAACAUUUAUGAAGUGGAAGGAUGGAUAUCAGAGAAACUUCAGGUUGCCUGUGAUGAAAAUUAUCGUGACCCAACCAACCUCCAGUCAAAGAUUCAGAAACAUGGGGCUUUUGAAGCUGAGGUCUUGGCAAAUUCUGGUCGCGUAACUUCAGUUACACAAGAGGGUGAAGCCCUUAUUACUGAUGGCCAUUAUGCUGAGCAAGAAAUUCAGGCACGGCUUGAUGGUUUGGAUUCUCUGUGGAAACAGCUUCAGGACUCUUCUCAGCUCAAGAAGGAAAGAUUGAAUGAAGCAUAUCAGGCCUUGCUAUUUAACCGGACACUGGACGAUCUUGAGUCCUGGAUGGACGAUGUUGAAAACCAACUUCAGUCUGAAGACCAUGGUCGGGACCUAACGUCAGUUCAGAUAUUGCUAAAGAAACAUCAACAACUAGAAGCUGAUAUCACUGCACAUCAGAGCGAAGUAGACCAAGCGAGAGAGGUAGCACAGUCAUUUGCCGCUGCAAAUCAUUUUAUGAGUGAAGAAAUCACUGAGAGAGUUGAACUGAUCACCAAAAGACACAACUCCCUGCUUGAACCAGUACACAUCAGACAUGAAAAUCUUCAGGAUGCUUUGCUGCUUCAACAGUUGUUACGAGAUAUCGAGGAUGAGUUACAGUGGGUAGCAGAAAAGGAACCACUGGCUUCCAGUCAAGAUUUGGGCUCAUCACUUACAGCAGUUCAAAACCUUCAAAAGAAACAUCAGGCUUUGGAAGCAGAGAUCCAGUCACACGAACCAGUUAUCAACAAUGUUAAUAGUAGAUCACAGCAGAUGAUUCGCUCUGGUCACUUUGCAAUGAAUGAAAUAGAAACCAAAAUCAAGUUGCUGUUAUCUAAGCUUACCCAGUUAAAAGAUACUGCAAGUGUCCGAAGGCUGAGACUUCUGGAUGCUGUUGAAUCACAGAUGUUCUAUAGUGAAGCAAGCGAGGCAGAGACAUGGAUGCGGGAAAAGAGACCGCUGUUGGUAACGCAAGAUUAUGGGAAAGAUGAAACUUCAGUUGCAACUCUUCAGAAGAAAACUGAUAAUGUUGCCAGAGACCUCGAGAGUUUCAAGGCUACAGUUGACAAACUGUCUGGUCUCUGUGCAAAGCUGACAGAGAGAAUGCACUUCGACAGUGAAAACAUAACUAAAAAGAUGGAUGCAGUCAACCAGCAAUUUGGUGAAUUGAAAGCAUUGCGAGAAAAAAGAAGCAAGAGGCUCGAAGAAAGCCUAGUGCUUUAUAGAUUCCUUCGAGAGGCAGAAGAAGUUGGGGAAUGGUUGAAUGAACAGAUGGUUAUAGCAGCCAGCGAAGAUUAUGGUCGAGAUGUAGAGCACGUUGAAAUUCUGAUUCAGAAGUUUGAGUCUUUCCACAGUUCUCUGACUGUGAAUGAAGAAAAGGUCAUUGUAAUUAAGAAAAAAGCCAAAGUACUCAUUGAAGGUAAACACCCAGAGCCAGAGCGGAUACAAGAAAAGGUUGACGAACUGCAGCAGUUGUGGGAUGAUCUUAAGGAGUUGGCUAGUGCUAGACAAGAAGCACUUGCUGGUGCAAAACAGGUUCAUGUGUUUGAUCGCAAUGCAGAUGAAACAAUCAGUUGGAUUGCUGAAAAGGAUGCGUUCAUUUCCUCAGAGGACUAUGGUCAUGAUUUGGAAACCAUUCAGGGCUUAGCAAGAAGGCAUCAAGGAUUUGAGCGAGACUUGGCUGCAGUCAAAGAACAGGUCGAGUCUGUUGUGGAAGAAGCCAAACGAUUAGCAGAACUUUUCCCUGAUGCCAGAGAACAUAUAUCAGUCAAACAUGAAGAGACUGUUGAAGCAUGGAAUGAUCUGCUUGAUAAAUCAGCCCAAAGGAAGGACAAAUUGUAUCAGGCAGAGAAAUUACAGUCAUACUUUGAUGACUAUAGAGACUGA